AUGGCAGACUUCAAACCGCGCAAUAUCCUCCUCAUCGGAGCCACAGGAAACAUCGGCCGCUUUAUCACUCGAUCCAUCGUCUCUGCGCGAGGAGACUUUGAUCGCGUCGCAAUCCUGACUUCUGCGCCCGCCGCAGGCAGCGAAAAGGAGAAGUUCAUUAACGAAGAACUCAAACCCAAGAAUGUCGAGAUCAUUGUUGGCGAUAUUGGUAAUGAGGAGGAUGUUUUGAAUGCUUACAAGGGAAUCGACACAAUUAUCUUCGCCCUAGGCCGAGGUGCUAUCCUCCCCCAAAUCCCACUCAUCAAACUCGCCGCCUCUUCCGGGUCAUCUGUGAAAUGGAUAUUUCCCUCCGAAUAUGGCACAGAUAUCAAAUACGGUCCUUCAUCAGCCGGCGAGCCCACACACCAAGGCAAACUGAAAGUCAGAGCAUACAUCGAAGAAGAUGAAGAAAUCAAGAACAGUGGUCUGAAAUAUACGUAUGUUGUGACGGGUCCGUAUCCGGAGAUGUUUCUCAAGGGCGACUCGGAGUAUACGGGUGGAUGGGACGUGAAGUCUAAGAAGGCGAAUUUAUUGGAGAAGGAUAAUAAGAUUAGUUUCACGACUAUGAAGGAGUUCGUCCCCCCGUCCGUCCAUUUCUUACGCGCAAUUGAUCCUGACAAGUACAGUACCGGCGACCUCGUCCUCGCGGCCCUCCGCCACCCAGGCCCCGCAACAUUCAACAAAGCUCUCAAAGUCAACUCGUACACUGCAACUCCGGCCGAAAUUCAAGCCGAGUUUGAGCGUCAAGUAGGUGGCGGCUGGACCGUUCAAGAAGUCUCUCUGGAUGCGCUGAAGGAAUUCGAAAAGAAUGCUUGGAAGGACGGUCGUCCUGAUGCGGCUGUGUUUACGUUGCGACGUAUUUGGGCCGAGGGUGGGACGCUGUAUGAGAAGAGAGAUAAUGAUGCUAUUGGGGAGCCGGAAACUUUGACGCUGAAGGAUACGGUUGCUUGGUAUAUCAAGGCUUCUACCUAG